AUGUCUCUUUGCAAGACUCUCUUUCGAGUUGUACCAACUCGUGCUUGUUCUCUACGCGCAUUGCAUACAACAACUCGAUGCUUACAACGAUCAACGACCGUCUUGGAACGUCCUCCUCUCUCAGUCUUUCAACCAUUACAAGACAUCGCUCCCACCUUUUAUGCUUCGGGCAACAACAUUACUCCUUUAUAUGAACCAAGCGACUUUUACUCGGAACUGAAGACUCGCAUUCUUUCUGCCAAGGAACGUAUCUUUAUUGCUGCUCUUUACAUUGGACAUGCUGAAAAGGAAUUGGUGGAAACCCUGCAUACAGCAUUGAGUCGAUCCGAUAAGCUGCAAGCACACAUUUUGAUUGAUGGACUCCGAGGCACUCGUGUAUCCAAAGGCGAAAGUUCUGUCACGUUACUGUCAUCGCUUAUUCAAUCAUUCCCUGACCGAGUACAAGUGUCAUUAUACCAUACACCAGACUUAACGGGCGUACUCAAGAAGACAUUACCACAACGUUUCAAUGAAGGAAUUGGAUUAAUGCAUCUCAAGAUCUAUGGCUUUGAUGAUUCAGUGAUGCUUAGUGGUGCCAAUUUGAGUCGCGAUUAUUUCACCAAUCGUCAGGAUCGAUACAUGAUUUUCGACAAGCAUGAACCAUUGGCGUCGUAUUAUUGCGAUUUGAUGAGUGUGGUGCGUUCCUUUUCUUAUCAACUUGACACCAAAGGGAAAUUGGCAAUACAAAGUGACACACCAGAUCCUGUACAUGAAAGCCGGCAAUUUAAACGACAUGCACAUGACCGGCUGGUCCGGUUUAUCCGACAGCAAAUGGAUCGACAUGAUGAUAGCCCGGCAGAAGACACUGACACAGCUAUCCUUCCAGUAAUACAAAUGGGUCCUUUGGGCAUUCGGCAGGAUGAAAAGGCAACCAUGAAGUUCUUGGGAAUGGCUAAGCAAGAUUGGACGAUUCAUUUGACUUCGGGUUAUUUCAACUUUACGGAUCGAUACAAGGCAAUGAUCCUUCGUGCACCAGCUCGAUUCCGAUUCUUGACAGCAUCGCCCAAGGCCAAUGGCUUUUUCAAUUCCAAAGGUGUAUCACGUUAUCUCCCACCCGCUUAUACAUGGAUCGAGAAACAAUUCUUCAACCAUGUCAAACGUGCAGGACGCAGCAACGAGAUUUCGAUUGAGGAGUAUGGAAGAGAAGGAUGGACGUAUCACGCCAAGGGAUUAUGGGCAUCUCUCCAAGGCAAUGAUGACAUUUCACUUACAUUGAUUGGAUCACCCAAUUUCGGUCAUCGAUCAAGUCAACGCGAUCUCGAGGCCCAAGCCUUUGUUAUUACCGAAAACAAGCGAUUACAAUCGGCUCUUCACAAGGAGGUCGAGCGUCUUCAUUCACAUGCUCAACUUGUAACGGAUGCAACAUUCAAACAAAAGGAUCGGCAAGUUCCAUAUGGAGUGCGUGCUGCAACAGCCAUGAUCAAAACCAUGCUGUAG